UCCAGUCGUUUAAAACAAACUGCCGCAGUAGACAUAAAUGAUGGACAUAACCGAAUCUGUAUUCAUGCAUGUCUUGUACAUUAGGAUAUUUAUUUAUUCUUCGUUUUUGUAAUUAUAAAUGUGAUUUUGCUUUGAAGGGGGUAGCGCUGUGCUUCCGGUACAAUCACUAUCUGCGUUUAGCUUGACGGAGCUGUGGGGCCUGCUGUGUUUUCAACGGAGGGAGAGCCGAGAAGAAAAAUGGCGUCUGUAGACGACUCGGAGCGGGAUACCGGCCAUUCAGUUUGAGCUUUCCGAUCUGAAUUGAGACCGGGGCUUGGUGGGGGACUCAUCGGGAACCAUUGCCUGAUCUGUUGUUUUUUUUUUCUCCGGCGUGCGCGGCUUAUUCGAACACCGAGAUUGAAGCUGAACAGAAGAGACUCUCUCCUACAAUGAGGGGGAGAAGAGGAAGGCCGCCCAAACAAGCAGCCGUGAUGCGGGAAGGUUCACCCGGGCCAGUCCGCGGCUCUCGGGGCGGCAGGAGUAGAGGGCUGCGUGGACGGGGAAGAGGCAGAGGACGGGGUAGGGGACGCGGAGGAAGUGGAGGUGUUUGCGGCACUGGCUCUGCAGAGGUGGAUACAGAAAUCUCCGGCCGAGAGAACUUUCAUUCGUCCCGGGGCCGCAGGAAAGUUGGAGCCUCAACCACAGGGGCGGCCGCGGCAUCGCGGGGCAGAGGAGGUAGGGGGAGAGGCAGGGGCUCGAGAGGCGGCCGCGGCGGCAGAGGCGGAGUGAGACGGCCUCAAACCAAGGUGGUCUACGACGACAACAGCGACGAGGAAGAUGAUAAUUUAAGCUACAGGUCAGACGAAGAUGAACUCCUGAAUGAUAACCCUUCGUCGGAUCUUGAAGAAGAGGAGGCCUUGGGAAACGACUCUGACUAUCUGGAGGCACUACCAGAGGAUGAUGAUGCCAGCUACUGUACCGAGAGUAGUUCUAGGAGCCACAGCACGCUCGGUAGCACCCCAGGCCGGAGGAGAAGCCGGGCAAUGCGACCGCAGUCUCCCAUCAUUGAGGCGAAGGACGUUCCUCCCUUGGAGCUUCCCAAGGGCUCUGAGGACCUCUUGAUUCCUACCUCACACCUCCUAAAUGUGUCUGCCGUCUAUGAGGUUCUCCGCAACUUUGGCUCAGUGCUGCGACUCUCCCCAUUCCGCUUCGAGGAUUUCUGUGCAGCACUGGCCAGCCAGGAGCAGUGCACACUUCUGGCAGAGACCCACAUCUCCCUGCUCAAAGCUAUUCUCAGAGAGGAGGACACUUCCAACACCACAUUCGGUCCCGCUGACGUGAAGGACUCUGUUAACUCCACUCUGUAUUUUGUGGAUGGUAUGACUUGGCCGGAGGUGGUGCGGGCGUACUGUGAGAGUGACCCAGAGUACCGGCACAUUUUGCCUUUCCAGGAAGGUGAGGAUUACCCAUAUGAACCACUGGAGAGCAAAAUCAAAGUCCUUCAGUUUUUGGUGGACCAGUUCCUGGCAACCAACAUUGCCCGGGAGGAGCUUAUGUCAGAAGGAGUGGUUGCCUACGACGACCAUUGCAGGGUGUGCCAUCGUCUUGGUGACCUGCUGUGCUGUGAGACAUGUUCAGCUGUUUACCAUCUGGAGUGUGUGAAGCCACCAUUGCAGGAGGUGCCAGAGGAUGAGUGGCAAUGUGAAGUGUGUGUGGCACACAAGGUACCCGGGGUGGCAGACUGCAUCCCAGAAGUGCAGAAGAGCAGACCAUUUAUUCGUCAGCUGCCCAUCGGCUAUGACCGACACCAGCGCAAAUUCUGGUUCCUUAACCGCCGCGUUGUUGUUGAGGAGGAUGGCGAGCAGGGGGACAAAGCCAUCUGGUACUACAGCACCAAGGUCCAGCUAGCUGAGCUAAUAGAUUGCUUGGAUAAGGAGUACUGGGAGGCCGACCUCUUUGCAGCUCUUGAAGAGAUAAGGGACGAGGUGCACACACACAUGGACAUCACUGAGGACCUAACCAACAAGGCCCGUGGCAGUAAUAAGUGUUACCUCACUGCCGCCAAUGAGGAAAUCCUGGAGCGGCUGCGGGCUAAGAGGGAGGAGGAGCUGGAGGAGGUGAAAAGACGGGCUGCUGAGGAGGCCCAGAAAGCACGGCUGGAGAAGGAGAAGAAGGAGCCGGCAGAGGAGGAGGAUGAAGAGGACAAGCUGAAGGACAUGGGACAGCAGGAGGGCACGGUCAAAGAUAUGACAAAGGAGGAAGAGGAGUCAAAAGAGGAGGCCACAGAGGAGAAAAAGGAUGGGGUCAAAGAUGCAGUCGCUGAAGCUCCACCCCCUGGCCAAGAAGGCUGUAGUGGCAGUAACCUCUCAGACAGACCUGUGCUUCAAGUAACCUCUGUUCCACCACAAACCAACAGUGCAAGCUCUGACCUGGCCACUGAGGCUCCAAAGCCCCAAGAGGCUCAGCCAGAGGCAUUUCUGUCUAACAACAGAGAAGCAGAAAACCAAUCAUCAGAUUCUGUCCCUGUCAGUGGAGAUGGCAUCCCCAGCUUGAGCCAACCUUCCCAGCCCAGUGAAGAGAACAGCAACAGCAGCAUGGGAGCUGGGGUCUCUCUCAGGGGCCCUGAACCCCCAGACCUGGCUGACAAGUCCUCUCAGUCAUCCCUGGCGAGCCUCGAAGACACAGGGGACAGUAAAGAUUCGGCCAAUGGUGAGACAGCAGGUCUCAGCAGUAAGAAGUCUUCUGCAACUCGAAUGGUAACCCGGCUGAGGAACCCAGACAGCAAACUGAGCCAGCUGAAGAACCAGCAGGUGGCAGCUGCUGUUCAUGAAGCCAACAAGGGCUUCAAGGAGGGCAAAGAGGUACUAGUAGUAAAUGCACAAGGUGACAUCACCCGUGUAAGCACGCGCAGCAGUAAGGAGGUGGUGAUGAAAGGGACCCUUAGCCAGUACUUCAAGCUCGGCCAGGAGGGCAAGUACCGCGUCUACCAUAACCAGUACAGCUCCAAUGCCUUGGCCCUCAACAAGCACCAGCACAGAGAGGAUCAUGACAAGAGGCGGCAUCUCUCCCAUAAGUUUUGUAUGACAACAGCAGGAGAAUUUAAGUGGAAUGGUUCUAUUUAUGGCUCUAAGGUUUUGACCAUCUCCACACUGAGACUCACCAUCAUCCAGCUGGAGAACAAUGUUCCAGCGCCCUUCAUGCACCCUAACUGGGCCUCACACAGGGCCAAUUGGAUCAAAGCGGUUCAUAUGUGCAGUAAGGCCAGAGAGUUUGCACUGGCUCUGGCCAUCCUGGAGUGUGCCAUCAAACCUGUGGCUAUGCUGCCUGUCUGGAAGGACUCACUGGGCCAUACCAGGUUAAAUCGCAUGACGUCCAUGGAGCGUGAGGAGAAAGAGAAAGUGAAAAAGAGGGAGAAGAAGCUGGAGGAUGAAGAGACAAUGCAACAGGCCACUUGGGUCAAGUACACCUUCCCAAUUAAACACCAGGUGUGGAAGCAGAAAGGGGAAGAGUAUCGCGUUACUGGCUAUGGGGGCUGGAGUUGGAUCAGUAAGACUUAUGUGCAGAGAUUUGUCCCCAGGCUUCCCGGCAACACCAACGCCAACUACCGCAAAGAACUGGAAGAUGCAAAACUUGGCAAGAAAUGUACCCUGCUGGACUUGAGUCGACGGCCCAGUGUAGCUGCACCAGAAGCUCAGGGAACUGCUACCUUAAGCAGCGAAACAAAAGAGCAAGACUCAUCUAGCGUCUCCGAGCCUCCAACAGAUCAUCUGAUGCCUGCUGAGGAUCUGGCAGAGGAAAAGAAAGAAGAGAUGCAAGAAAAAGAAAAGACAGAGGAAUUGUUAGCAGAUGAGUCGGCAGCAAAGAUGGAGGUGGACCCUACAGACUCACGAUCAGAUGAAGAGCAAAAGUCCAGUAUUCAGGAGGAUAAGGUUCCUGUGAAGGAGGAGACUACUGAGAGCCUUCAACGACCCUUCAACUAUGAUGUAGUGGAUGUCAGCCAGGGCUUCCUAACACGCAUUGCCUACAAGAAGAAGGUCAAGUCCUCCAAGUUAGACAGCCUCCUGGAGCGCCGAGUGAAGCAGCAUAUUAUUGAAGAGAAGCAGAGGCAGCAGGUGUCUGCCUCCAAAUCCCAGACUCCUACAGCAGUUUCACCUACUUCGACCCCUGUUCUUAGCACUCCAGUCAGGCCACGGUCACCACUCAAGCCCCACACUCUCACUUCGACACAGCUUGUAAUGGGCGAAACUGUGAAAGUGGAGGAGAAGUCAUCCACAACACAAACUCCAGGGUCAGGACAAGUUCAAGGCGACAAUCAGGUGAAACUCUCUGAAACUACAGAUGAGAAUGUCACUCCUCCUCUUCCUUCUCCUGUUCUGGUCUCCACAUCCAAAGACGGUUACAGUACAGGUACUUGUGGAGACUUAGCUUCACCACAAAACCAAACCACCUCUCUGCCCCAGGAACUGGACGCAGACAGAGUGGAAAGGACUACGGGGCCAAAAGAAACCAAUUCAGACAGUUCAGGGCAAGAUGGUGUCAGACUUCCUGAUGUUGAAGAAAUAACAGCACUAGGAACUCGCAGCUCUUUAGAGCAACACACAGCCAGUGUACCAUCAGAUGUUACCAAGGCUGUACAUAUUGAAGGCGCAGGGUCUGAGAUACCCAGCGUGGACUCUGUAAGGACAUCUACAAUGGUUCUGGACCAAAAAAGAAGUCAAAACACAACUCCUUCUAAAGCAAUUCCACAAAACCCACCAUCUUUAAGCUCAGUGCAUUCACACGUUGAGGAAAACGGCAUGGGGCCAGAGGAGAACCAAGGAAAUAAGCAAAGUAGAACUCUUGGUGAUAGCACUCCCAACUCAGUUUCUCCUCUCCCUCAGGUAAACGGUAAUGAUGGCUUGGGGAGUGAAAGCAUGUUGACUAACUCUGUAAUGAGGUCAAAUAAUGGUGUGCUCACCAGCAGUCCCCAACCCAAGGUGAACAGCACUGGUAAAGUUGAUGAGCAAGGACUGAUUGUUUUGCCAAAGGACAGUACACAGCAAAGGCCUUUAGUGAACGGAGAUUUGGCCCCUGUAAAUGAUAGCACAGAUGCUGGGAUAAGGGAACCAACCCAAGCUUCUAAGGUAGCGAUAGAGAGUAAGAUAACAGUAUUAGACCAAGACUACAAACCGCCACUGAAGAUAACAAGGUUGGAGAACAACAUAGAUGUACAUGCAGCUAGUACUCAAAGCACUGUACAGCACAACAACAGAUCACUAUUUCAGUCUAUCGCACUCAAAUCCAAACCAGUGGUCAAGAUCAUAAGAAUGGCCCCCUCUCCUAUACCUUCUGCAGAGGAGUCCAGUCUGAGUGAUGACUUUGCAGAGGAGAACAGCAAUAGUGGAACAACAGAACCACUCAAGACCAUCAUCACCCAGGUAACCACGACCACCACAACAGUAGUCUCCACAGAGAAGAGGGUAGGCAAUGCGCCAUCAAACACACACGGUGAAAUCGUGUCAACAACAGAAAGCAGCGCAGUGUCCACUCUUACGACCAUGACCAAAACAACAGUGACCAAAAUCUGUUCCUCUGGGCUCGAUGGUCAAUCAGAUGACAGCCAGAGUGAAACAGUGACACAACAGCAGAGAACAACACACUCCGCUUCUAUCAGUAGGUCAGUAACUGACACCAGUGGUAAAACAUCAGUGACAUCCUUUGCUGUGAGCGAAGACGACUCUUCAUCAACGAAGGGCCGUGUCCACCUCCUCAAGUUCUCCCGCACCAAGAAGAUGAGAUCAGACACGGCUCUUCCUUCUUACCGCAAGUUUGUCACCAAGAGCAGCCACAGGAGUAUUUUUGUACUACCACAUGAUGACUUGAAGGCUCUGGCGAGGCGAGGCGGGUUCCGUGAGGUGGCUGUAUUUAGUUACAAUGCCAAGCCAGCCUCUGACAUCUGGCCAUAUCCUUCACCCAGGCCCACAUUUGGCAUCACCUGGAGAUAUCGCCUGCAGACGGUGAAGUCUCUGGCUGGUGUGAGCCUGAUGCUGAGGCUCCUUUGGGCCUGUCUGAGAUGGGACGACAUGGCUGUCAAACCAUCUGCUGCUGUUGGCACCACACGUACAGAGACCUCUGAUACUGAGAUCACCACCACAGAGAUCAUCAAGCGCCGUGACGUGGGACCGUACGGCAUUCGCUCAGAAUACUGCAUCCGCAAAAUCAUCUGCCCCCUUGGAGUCCCCGAGACCCCGAAAGAAACCCACACCCCUCAGAGGAAGGGGUUGCGCUCCAGUGCCUUGCGCCCCAAGAAACCUGAGCCCACCAAGCAAACGGGCCCAGUGGUGAUUGAGACGUGGGUGGCUGAGGAGGAGCUGGACCUCUGGGAGAUCAGAGCCUUCUCAGAAAGGGUGGAGAAAGAGAAAGCUCAGGCAGCAGAGCAGGCCAAGAAACGCCUGGAGCAGAAACCAGGCUCCGUCACAGCUACUCCAACAGGGACUCCCACAACGCCUGUCACUAUGCCCAAAGUCAUUGUCGGUUCACUGUCAGGCCAGGGCACCCCCAGCACCAAGGUGGUACUGUCCACUAAGAUGGGCACCCCCGUCACAUUCCAUCAGAACAAGAACUUCCAGCAGUCGUUCGCCACCUGGGUCAAGCAGGGUCAGAGCUCACAAGGAGCUAGCACGGAGACCACCGUGGCCACAUCUGGUGGACCCACCUUCCAGAUCACGGGAACCUCAGUGGGGGGGAAGGUAGUGACCACCAAGCUGCCACUGCCCGCCAACAGCAAGAUCGUCACAGUCAACAUGCCAACUUCACAAGGAGCGGGCGGCGCCCAGAGCUACAGCCCAUUCCAACCCCGCACUACCACGCUCAAUAUCAGGCCCAGUACCCCAAGCUCACAGCAACAGGUUCUGGCAGCUGGUGGUCAGAUCCGUCCAGGAAUGACAGUGAUUCGAACCCCGAUACAGCAGACAGGACCCAUGGGGAAGACAGUACUCCGAACGCCCCUUGUGGUCCAACAAGGUCAGGCUGGACAGCAAGUGGUGACACAGAUCAUUCGUGGCCAGGCAGUUUCCACAGCAGUAUCUGGUGCCAGCCCCGUUGCCACGGUAACGGGGCAGGGGCCAGCCAGCCCCACCACAGGAGGACAGGCAGGACAGACCCCACCCGGCGCCCCACGGGCACAAGGGCAGGGCCAGGUUAAACUGACACUGGCACAGCUCACCCAACUCACACAGAAGCAGCAGGCUGGUUCAGGUGUGGAUCGACAGGCUGGCAUCGGUGGUACCCAGCAGGCUCUGACAGUGAUGGUUCAGGGCCAGGGCCAGACCACUGGCCAGCUGCAGGUUAUACCUCAUGGGGUCACUGUCAUCCCAGGACCUGGUCAGCAGCUCAUGCAGGCAGCAUUGCCCAAUGGCCAGGUGCAGCGCUUCCUAUUCACCCCCCUGGCUUCAGCUGCCACACCCACAUCAACCACAGCAACCACAGUUUCCGGUCCGCCUAACUCCACCUUCACCAAAACCCCAGUCCAGCCUGCCCAACAGGCAGCCGCCCCCGUCCAGGCAGGGGCAACUCCACUAGCCGCCACCACCAGCCCUACUUCAGCAACCCCACAAGGCCAUUUACCCCCGCAGACGCACGCCCACAUGCCCAUCCAGUCUCCCGCCUCACUGCAGGUGAAAACGCCAGGAGGAACCACCCAGGUGCAGCUGCAGCAGACACCUCAGCUCCUCAGUAUGUCUGGACUGCAGCAGCAGGUACAGGUGUUGGCCCAGCUCCAAGCACAGCAGGGUGGGGGGUCUCUGCCACAGCACAUCAAACUGCAGCUUCCUAUCCAGAUACAGCAGAGCGGGGCCACCUCAGCUCAGGGAGGACAGAUUGGAAACGUAGUGACCAUCCAGGCAUCUUCUGUCCAGGAGCAGCUGCUGAGGAUCCAGCAGCUCAGAGAACAGCAACAGCAGAAGAAGAGACAAGCCGCAGAGGCCAAGAGAGAGCAAGCCCUCAACGCUGCCAACCAGAGCGACAUCAUUCAGAAACAGGUGGUGAUGAAACAAAAUGCUGUCAUCGAGCACCUGAAGCAGAAGAAGACCAUGACACCUGCAGAAAGAGAAGAGAAUCAGAGGAUGAUUGUAUGCAACCAAGUGAUGAAGUUCAUCCUGGACCGGAUAGACAAGGAUGAGAGGCAGGCGGCCAAGAGGAAGAAGAAGGAGGAAGUGGUGGAGGCAAAGAAGAGGUUGGCCAAUGCCAGCAAGCUCUCCUCGCUCCUAUACCGGCACAAAGAGAGCCUCAAGAUGGAGAUCCUGAAGAAGCGGGCGCUUUUGGACAAGGAACUACAGCUAGAGGCUCAGGAGGAGCUAAAGAGGGACCUCCUGCGAAUGCGGAGGGAGAAGGAGAAGGAGAGGGCUCAGGCUGCAGCCCACCAAGCAGCCCUGGCCGCAGCCCAGGCCGCAGCCCAGGCCGCCCUCAACCAGCAGCAACACACUGUCGAACACGCACAUGGCAUCACCAUCACCCAGCACCACCUCACUGCGACCACCACUUCGACACACAAGAGGAAACGGGAGGAGGAGAGGGAGGCUGCAGCCUCAGCCAAGUCUAAGAAGAAGAAGAUGAUCUCAACGACGAGCACAAAGGAGAGCAAGAAGGACACCAAGCUCUACUGCAUCUGCAAGACGCCCUAUGACGAGACCAAGUUCUACAUUGGCUGUGACCUUUGUACCAACUGGUAUCAUGGCGACUGUGUAGGCAUCACAGAGAAGGAGGCCAAGAAAAUGGACGACUACAUCUGUGUGGAGUGUAAACAGGGCCAGCGGGGCAGCACGGAGGAGCUCUACUGUAUCUGUCAAACUCCAUACGAUGAGUCCCAGUUUUACAUCGGUUGUGAUCGGUGUCAAAACUGGUACCACGGUCGCUGUGUGGGCAUCCUGCAAAGCGAGGCCAACCACAUCGAUGAAUACGUGUGUCCACAGUGUCAGUCGACAGAGGAUGCCAUGACGGUCUUCACUCCACUCACUGACAAGGACUACGAGGGCCUUCGGAGAAUCCUACGUUCCUUACAGGCGCAUAAAAUGGCAUGGCCGUUCCUGGAGCCAGUGGAUACAAAUGAUGCCCCAGACUACUACAGGGUCAUUAAGGAACCAAUGGAUCUUUCCACCAUGGAGGAGAGGAUACAGAAGCGCGAGUAUGUGAAGCUGACAGAGUUUGUAGCAGACAUGACCAAAAUCUUUGAUAACUGCCGCUACUACAACCCCAGUGACUCGCCUUUCUACCAAUGUGCCGAGGUGCUGGAGAACUUCUUCGUCCAGAAGCUCAAAGGCUUCAAAGCCAGCAGGUCUCAUAACAACAAACUGCAAUCAGCAACCUCUUAGCUCCCUCCCUAAAGCAAAGUGUAAGAAAGACAAGCCCCCUGGUUUCCUCUGAAUGAUUAAGCCCCGUGGUCCAAGUCAGGCUGCACCUGAAUCUGAACCGUCUUUAGAGGAGAGCGCACUUGCAGCAGAAAAUCAGCCUGCACUGGUGUCAGAGCACCCAACACCCAGCACCUCUACUGCAGUGCUAAGGGGAAAGAGAAGCCCUUUUCAUUCAAAGCAUCAAUGGGACAUAAUAACAGAGAAGUCCCACUUUCAGGCCAGGGGCAGCGCAGCCCCAGCUGUUCCUAUAGGAGGAAUUCCCUGAGAAGAAAAAUCCAGAUGGGGAAGCAAGAUGGAUGUUGAUCUCACAGCAGCAGCAGACUCUCAAAGAGUUGGGUUUAUUCUGUAGCUGUUCACAGUUUUUAUGUAUCCUAUAUAGCCAAGCAUCAGCUUUGUUCUUUUCAUCUGGAGAUUCAACUUUAAUUUCAUCUGGUCACAUUUUCUUGAUAAAGACAUUAAAUUCAAGCUUUCGUCCAUGCUUUGAUAAAAAUAGCCUCACGUGUGCAUAGUCAGGAUGUCUAUGCCCAGUUCAUGCUUCAAAUGAUGAGGCUAAAUCUGCAGGCUUCUCAUCUCAUGUUUAACAACCACAUGCCUGGAAGCAGCAUUUUAUUGGUGCUGUAGGAGUUGAUGCCACUCCUCCUCGACCAGAAAAAGUAACCAUAUUGAAACCGGUCGGCAUCCGGGUCCACUUUAUUCAGCUAGUCUUGGAUAAAUACGCAGCAUCAUCUUCCAUGUUUCACACCAAUGGACCCAGUUAUUUUGACAACAGUUUUUCUAUCUACUCUCAGGUGUGUGUGGGCACGAAGCAUGAACCAGGCACAUCUCAGUGUGUCUGUUCUAAUAGAAGCUAUAAUUAUGAAAAACAGUAAAGAUUGUUUCUGUUGAAUUACCAUCGCCACACUUGCUAAAGUAAUUCAAGGGUUCUUCGAUUUACCUGAGGGCUGCGUUGCUUUCAUGUUCAUUUUCAGAGGGAAACAUCCAGGACAGGACAUCCCACCCAUCGCACCCUGCCCUUUUAAUGGACGUUUCCAUUUUGUGCUUUUCUGAAAUGAAGUGAAGAAUGCUAUGUAAUUUAGAGCUCUGUUUUUUGUUUGUUUUUGAAGGAAGUCGAGGAACAGCAGUGAGGAAAAGAAACUGUUAGGCCUUCAGGGAAGGUGAAACUUGUAUAAGGCUGAAUUAACCCUCAUGUACUGUACUGCCCUCCAUACACUGGCUGUGUCUGUUUCUGUCGGCUGGGUCUGUAAGUCUCUCCCCUUAUCCAUCAGCCACUUCUUCCAGCAUAUUUCAUUGGAAGUCGACAGGUUGGCUCACAUAUGUCUCUCAACUCACCCUCAAAGGGUGGUUAAGUAAUUUGAUAACGGACCUUUCCGCUCAGCAUCUACUCACUUAUGUUGCGGUCUGCAGCAGCAUGUCUGGGAGUGAAUUAUGAGUGGUGACUGGGGAGUCUUUCUAUCAUGGGGUUUGUAUGAAAAUUUUAUAGCUGCAUUUUUAACAUAUUUGGGAACAUUUUUUUCUGUGAUUUUCAGUUUUGUAGGAGCAUAGGAGUCGCAAGACGGUUAAAGUGAUCUACACUGAUUUGUUCAAAACGGUUUCAGUUUCAGUCAGGGUUUGUGCGUGUGUGUGUGUUGAGUUGAGAGACUAUGUAUCAUCUGUCUUAAGUUCUUAGGUGCAUUUGUGUCUUUCACACAAAUGCCUGUCACUGUAAACUGAUGAUGAUGAUGUUUCAUCCACUGUUUGUAAUUUCUAUUGUAUAUUACUGCUGUCCAAAUAUGUAGAGAUGAAAGAUUUUUAGUGCAGUAGAAACUUAUUUUUCACUCUUUCAACCAACAACUAAGCCCACAUAUAUUUUAACUAUUUUUUUGCUUUAAUUGAAGUGAACUCUACAUUUAGGUGAACUUGCCCUUUAUAUUAAAAGUGCUGCAUAUUGUGAGCAUAAAGGUUUUGAAUGAGGUAGAGUGACACAGUAACUCUUGUAAAGAGUUUUUCAUUUUUUGUAAAAAAAACAACAACAAAACAAAACCAGUUUAGCAUAACUUCACUAUUGACAUUGCGUUUCUUGUAUUAUUUAUUCAUAUCAAUAAAAGGUUCUCAGUUUUUUGAGUAAUGUUGAAGAAAAGUAACUGCAGAUAAGAAGUACUCUAUGUUUUUAACAGAUUGUGGCAACUCUGAAGAGAUUCUCUUUUGUACUUGAUAGGACAUUUCAUCCUAGCUAAUAAAGUAAUGUUUUCGA